GCCGCCGCCGCCGCCGCUUCUGCUUCUUUCGUUUGAUGGCUUCUUCCUCUCCGUGCAUCCUAGACAGGCUCAUGGUGGCAAUCAGGUCUCUGCUUUUCUGGGCGCUGGUGUACAGUUACUGCGGUCUCUGCGCCUGCAUUGAGCUGCUGAAACUUUUGUGGAGCCUCGGGACGAGGCCAGGCAAGACCUUCCAGUGGCUGAUCCGGGAGAACCCACCGGGCUGCCUCAAUGACCCCUCCUUGGGGACUCACUGCUAUGUCAGGAUCAAGGAUUCUGGAUUAAGAUUUCACUAUGUGGCUGCUGGUGAGAGGGGAAAACCACUAAUGCUGCUACUGCAUGGCUUUCCAGAGUUCUGGUAUUCUUGGCGUCAUCAAAUGCGGGAAUUUAAGAGUGAAUACAGAGUUGUGGCACUGGAUUUGAGAGGUUAUGGAGAAACAGAUGCUCCUACCCAUCGAGAGAACUACAAGCUAGACUGCCUGAUUACAGAUAUAAAGGAUAUCUUAGAGUCUCUUGGAUACAGCAAGUGUGUGCUGAUUGGUCACGACUGGGGUGGAAUGAUCGCUUGGCUAGCCGCUAUUUGUUACCCAGAAAUGGUGAUUAAGCUGAUUGUUGUUAAUUUUCCACAUCCCUCUGUUUUUACAGAAUACAUUCUGCGACAUCCAUCACAAAUGAUGAAAUCCGCUUUCUACUACUUCUUCCAGAUGCCAUGGUUUCCUGAACUUAUGUUUACAAUAAAUGAUUUCAAGACCUUGAAAAACCUCUUUACCGGCCCAUCUACUGGAAUAGGAAGGAAAGGCUGUAAGCUAACAGCAGAAGAUAUUGAAGCUUACCUUUAUGUUUUUUCCCAGCCAGGAGCACUAACUGGUCCCAUUAACCACUACAGAAACCUUUUCAGUUGCCUACCUCUUCAACACCAUGAGGUCACCAUGCCUACUCUGUUGCUAUGGGGAGAAAGAGAUCCUUUUAUGGAGGUUGAGAUGGCAGAAAUCACAAGAAUUUAUGUGAAAAAUCAGUUUAGACUGACCAUUCUAUCUGAUGCUAGCCACUGGCUCCAACAAGAUCAACCUGACAUCGUGAACAAGUUGAUAUGGACUUUUCUAAAAGAAGAGUCAAGAAAAAGAGAGUGAACUUUUUCUUUCUUUGCUGGCACAAUCUAAAUGUUAAAAGCUCGUUAAUUGUGAUCAGGGCCACAUCUACAGCCUAGACCGAGCUGUGCUAGAGAAAAUGUUUUCAGUGUACUGUAUGUAUUGAUGCCAAUGUUAUUACAAGAAGGUGGUGUAAGACUAUGUAAUGUUAAUGUUGGUUUUACCUGUAUUCUGUAUUUUGCACAUGAGAUACUUGCCUUAAAAUGUUUGUGCUUGUACAAUAAGGAACUCACAGAAAGUUGCUUAGUUUUGGUUACUCACUUGCUUUAAAAUUCUAAUGUGUGGUGCCUUUUAAAAAUUUAUAAUGAAUCAGUGCAGGGGUAUUAGAAGAAGUUGCUGCUGGUAUAAUGAUCAAUUUUCAUUCUACUGGUUGGGAUUUUUUUUAACUAUAUUUUUACCAUUCAAGACGUUAAUUGAUCUUUGGGUCUACAUGUUAGCAUAAAAGUCUAAAGAAAACAAACUUUUGUCCAAGCACAUCUGAGAUCAUAAAGUGACAAAUUGUAAUGCCAGUUGAUAGCUUCCUGUGCAGUGGUGUUAACUGGAAAAAACUAGGAUGUAUGCACAAGUUUCAAAAACUUAAGAGACUGAAGAACUCUGAUUGUGACUUGUGUGUCCUAGUAUCUGCCUUGUUCUAAUAAACUGCAACUAAUGUGGUGCACUGUACCGAGCUCUUUAUAAAGAGAUGUCUGUAUGUAUGACA